CGUCGAGGGCUGCGGCCGCCACAGCAGGCAGGGCUAACGGGCUGCGGGCCCGGGAUCGCAGCGGCUGGACGGGGCUCGAACUGUAGGGAGGGCGGAGCUACAGGGCCUGCAAGGAUGUUGACUGUCCCGGAGAUGGGCCUGCAGGGGCUGUACAUCGGCUCCAGUCCGGAGCGGUCCCCAGUGCCUAGCCCACCCGGCUCCCCAAGGACCCAGGAAAGCUGCGGCAUUGCCCCCCUCACACCCUCGCAGUCUCCAAAGCCCGAGGCCCGAGCCCCCCAGCAGGCCUCCUUCUCCGUGGUGGUGGCCAUUGACUUUGGCACCACGUCUAGUGGCUAUGCUUUCAGCUUUGCCAGUGACCCUGAGGCCAUCCACAUGAUGAGGAAAUGGGAGGGCGGAGACCCGGGCGUGGCCCACCAGAAGACCCCGACCUGCCUGCUGCUGACCCCGGAGGGCGCCUUCCACAGCUUUGGCUACACCGCUCGCGAUUAUUACCAUGACCUGGACCCGGAAGAGGCGCGGGACUGGCUCUACUUCGAGAAGUUCAAGAUGAAGAUCCACAGCGCCACGGAUCUCACCUUGAAGACCCAGCUAGAGGCAGUAAAUGGAAAAACGAUGCCCGCCCUGGAGGUGUUCGCCCAUGCCCUCCGCUUCUUCAGGGAGCACGCCCUUCAGGAGCUGAGGGAGCAGAGCCCAUCACUGCCAGAGAAGGACACUGUGCGCUGGGUGUUGACGGUGCCUGCCAUCUGGAAACAGCCGGCCAAGCAGUUCAUGCGAGAAGCUGCCUACCUGGCUGGACUAGUGUCCCGAGAGAAUGCAGAGCAGCUACUCAUCGCCCUGGAGCCUGAAGCUGCCUCGGUAUACUGCCGCAAGCUGCGCCUGCACCAGCUCCGGGAUCUGAGUGGCCGGGCCCCAGGUGGUGGGCGCCUGGGUGAGCGCCGCUCCAUCGACUCCAGCUUCCGUCAGGCUCGGGAGCAGCUGCGAAGGUACCGCCACAGCCGCACGUUCCUGGUGGAGUCGGGUGUAGGAGAACUGUGGGCAGAGAUGCAAGCAGGAGACCGCUACGUGGUGGCCGACUGCGGCGGAGGCACCGUGGACCUGACGGUGCACCAGCUGGAGCAGCCCCAUGGCACCCUCAAGGAGCUCUACAAGGCAUCUGGGGGCCCUUAUGGCGCGGUGGGCGUGGACCUGGCCUUCGAGCAGCUGCUAUGCCGCAUCUUCGGCGAGGACUUCAUCACCACCUUCAAAAGGCAACGGCCAGCAGCCUGGGUAGAUCUGACCAUCGCCUUCGAGGCUCGAAAGCGCACCGCUGGCCCGCACCGUGCAGGGGCGCUCAACAUCUCGCUGCCCUUCUCCUUCAUUGACUUCUACCGCAAGCAGCGGGGCCACAACGUGGAGACCGCUCUGCGCAGGAGCAGCGUGAACUUCGUGAAGUGGUCCUCACAGGGGAUGCUCCGAAUGUCUUGUGAAGCCAUGAACGAGCUCUUUCAGCCCACAGUCAGCGGGAUCAUCCAGCACAUAGAGACGCUGCUGGCGCGGCCGGAGGUGCAGGGUGUGAAGCUGCUGUUCCUGGUGGGCGGCUUCGCCGAGUCAGCGGUGCUGCAGCACGCGGUGCAGGCGGCGCUGGGCGCCCGCGGUCUGCGUGUCGUGGUCCCGCACGACGUGGGCCUCACCAUCCUCAAAGGCGCGGUGCUGUUUGGCCAGGCGCCGGGCGUGGUGCGGGUCCGCCGCUCGCCGCUCACCUAUGGCGUGGGCGUGCUCAACCGCUUUGUGCCUGGGCGCCACCCGCCCGAGAAGCUGCUGGUUCGCGACGGCCGCCGCUGGUGCACCGACGUCUUCGAGCGCUUCGUGGCCGCCGAGCAGUCGGUGGCCCUGGGCGAGGAGGUGCGGCGCAGCUACUGCCCGGCGCGUCCGGGCCAGCGGCGCGUGCUCAUCAACCUGUACUGCUGCGCGACCGAGGAUGCGCGCUUCAUCACCGACCCCGGCGUGCGCAAAUGCGGCGCGCUCAGUCUCGAGCUUGAGCCCGCCGACUGCGGCCAGGACGCUGCCGGCGCUCCUCCCGGCCGCCGCGAGAUCCGCGCCGCCAUGCAGUUUGGCGACACCGAAAUUAAGGUCACCGCCGUCGACGUCAGCACCAAUCGCUCCGUGCGCGCGUCCAUCGACUUUCUUUCCAACUGAGGGCGCGCCGGCGCGGUGCGAGCGCCCUCUGCCCGGCCCGCCCUCUUUCGGUCCCCGGGCCUGCGGAGCGGGGUGGGGCGGGGGAAAAGAUGGUUCUGCUGUGUGCGCCUCUUUCCCCGCCCUCCGGCCCCGGGGAGAUGAGGUCAUGGCAGGGUGGGUGGGGACACACCCAGAGACUGGCUUUGGGAUUGGGCCCUGGUUCGCUGACUGCCAGGCUGAAGGAACCCGCCAAGGACUGAACGGGUAAGGGUGACUGAGAAGAGGUUUGCAAGACAGAGCGCGCAGCCCUGCAAGUGGCAAGUGACCCCGAAGGAAGAACGCAACAGAAGAUGGAGUCCUGGUCUGAACUUAGCCGAGUAGGGGUGGGGGUGCAGGGCUGGAGUUCACUCAAUGAUGCACCCAGCCUGAACCGCGAGGCAGGCAGAGGAACCUUGUGCUGUAAGAAAGUGACUGGGAAGUGGACUCCAGAGGGACAGGUGUGGUAGUACAGUCCUGGUGUGGUGCUGACCACCCAAAUAUGACUGAAUUGUAGAAAGGGCAGUAGAUCUCUAAUGGGAGGUGGGAACAUUAUUAUGGUGGAGGCAAUUAUGAGGGUAGCAUUUCCUUCUAGACAAAACACCCAUCUGGGAAGGCCCCAAGGGCAGCUUAUGAAGGACCCCACUUGCACCCCACCCCAGCCAUGGAAGGGUAGCUGGAGGGUGGAUGAGGAGGCCAGAAGGAGCACUGAGGGGUGGUCCCAGCUCUGCUAUUGACUCGGUGUGCCUUUAGGACAUUCUCUGACGGCCCAUGGGCCUCAGUUUCCCAAAGUGUGAAAUGUCAGGCACUUCCCUCCAACUGUGACAUGCAGCAGCCCCACCUGCCUGAGAGCCCUGAGGUGACAAUAAAACAUUUAUGCUCAAGGGGAA